AUGGAUCAUUUUUUCCUUUUCUCGGCUGUCUUACUGGACACAUUCCUAGGAUCUUAUGGAGUCAUAAGCGGUUAUGUCGGAUGUUUUGAGGACAAUUCUGGCAGGCUUUUGAAAGGCCCUGAGAUUAAAACCCAGGAAUCCAUGUCGAACGCUCUGUGUAUUAGAGAAUGUUAUUCUCUAGGAUACCCAUAUUCAGGAACUGAGUACGGACAGGAGUGUUUCUGUGGAAAUGGCGAACAUUUGUCCCCAGACUUCAAAAGAAAUGAUGCAGAAUGCCUUUCUAUGGUGUGUUUCGGAAACAAAAACGAAUUCUGCGGCGGUUUUUGGAGGAUUGCAGUAUAUUCUACAGAUUCAACUUUUUUGUGUGAAAUCCAAGGAAAUCAAAUAUCCAGAAACAACCUAUACCAUUGCUACUGUAUGUUGAACCACAACGUGACGACCUUAGAUGGAACAGUGCUGCUAAAUUUAAUAAAGGAACGAAGGAAAUUACUUGCAGUCGAUAAAAGAAAGUUAUCAAAAUAUGUACGUGGGAAAACCUGUGCUGAAGAUGUGAGACCAUCCUCCAAAGCACUAGGGUGUUAUUAUGGCUGCUUCAAAGACAAUGAUCAACGAAUUCUUAAAGGAGGCAAAAUUCAAAGAAAAUCAUCCAUGACAAACACUUUCUGUAUCAAGAAUUGUUUCUCCAGAGGUUAUUCGUUUGCUGGAACGCAGUAUGGAAUAGAGUGUUUCUGCGGAGAUGAAACAUAUUUGACACCAGACAAACGUCGAGAUGACACGAAUGUGAGGAACACGUGUGUUCGGGAGAUUCUAACGAUUAUUGUGGCGGGCAUUGGCGUUUGUCUAUUUAUUCCACUGGAUAUGAUUUUCAUCAGCAGCAAAAGAAUCUCACAGAAACAUGUGUAUGAUAUUAAAUAA